AUGAACCUCAACGUCGACAGCAACUCUGGUCCCUCAGGCGCUGGUGGCCUGAACCUACCCAUACUUACCAAUAAUUUCACCCCACGGCCGCAACUUGCCAUUGAUAACGCCAUGAAAGGCGCUGGGAGGAAUGAGACCGCCGCAAGUCGGACUCAUGGAGAUUCAAUCAACAACGCUGAGAAUAGAGUUUCGCGAGGUAAAGAAAUUGUGGACGGCUCCAUGCUUGAAGACGUGAAUAAUGGAAGAUCGUAUGCGGAUAUGGCCUCAAAUCGUGCGCCGAAGCGCCCUGAUUUGCCUGCUCAUCACUACCACGCUCUACGCCCUACUAAAGAAGGAGAUCAGUUCUCCUUUAAAAUCCCUAAGGAUCUGCUCCAAAAAGAGAUCGCUCAGUUCGCCCAUGCUUUAACUGGAAGACUUCUACUAAAAAAGGGCAAAAAACCUAAAACUGCAAUGAUGGUGAAGAAGAAACUGCAAAACCUUUGGGACGUUCAGGCUUCAUGGAAACUAAUCCCGUUGGGAAAAGGUUAUUACACGAUGAUAUUCAAUACGGCGGAAGACAAGCUGCGUGUUAAAGCUCAGAACACUUGGGAAGUCUCAAGAGGACACUUGAGGAUUCGAGAAUGGACUAAAAAUUUCGAUCCUUUCAAAGAACAUUCCUCGUUGGCGAAUGUUUGGGUAAGGAUACAUUAUCUGCCGAUUGAAUAUUGGAACGUCAAAGUCCUCACUGGUAUAGCAAGAUUUGUCGGGCAUCCUCUAAGAGUUGAUGGAAUGUCAGCUCAGUGUGACUUCGGGCAAUUUGCUCGUAUCCUGAUUGAAAUAGAUAUGUCGAAACCUCUUCCAAAUACUCUUCUUGUUGAUGGUGACGAUGUCGCCUUUCAUAUUGAAUUUUCUUACGAAUCUCUGCCUCUCUUUUGCUCCAGAUGCAAAACCACAGGACAUACGGCGGAUAAAUGUCGGAAAGGGAAAACCUCGGGAGACGAGGUCUUGCGGAAUGCUGGGACCCAACAACAGAAUAAGCAAGGAAAACAAUGGCAACAUGUUUCUGGCCCCAUGCAGGUUGUUGGCCAGGAAAGAAAUAAUGCGAAGAUACAACAGCUCGAGGAGAAGGAAGAUGGUGAGGUUCCUAUUGAGGUUCCACAAUAG